AUGGCGGGGGAGCACCACGACACCGCGGCGUCUGACGCUGAGGAAAAUGACGCUGGGGCCAAAUUUGCCUUUUCAGAGGGCACUGGAGCUCCGCUUGUCCAAUUGCCCGCAGUGCAGGCUGUGGGCAACCGUGGCGCGGCGUGCAAGCAGCUCGAGGCCAGGUUAGAGUCGUUGCAUAGACUGGUCUUUGGACGUGCUGGAAGGGCUGGCGAGCGGCGCCGGGCGUUGGAGGCAUUUUGUGGCUUUCCAGAGGCGAUGCGAGAGAGCAUCUCGGAGCGGGUACACAAGCUGAAGAAGGACAAGCUGCGAGGGCUCAUUCAAGCCCUUGGCAUGCCUGUUCACAUCUCUAAUGCGCAUGCGCAGGUGGCGGAUGGUGUGACGGCGUUUUUAAUGCAACCGCGGGUGGCCGAAGCGAAACUGCGGACACCCCGAAAAACGUCUCGACCACAAAAGAAGGCCGUAAAACGGGGGCGCGCGGCAGCGAGUGAAAGUGCUGAGCCCGACGUAUCGCUAAAACGGAACGUUGGCCCGGCAAGGACGGAAGAUGCAGAAGUCAAGGGAACGCCGAAGCGCACAAAGAAGGAAGUGCCCGUGGCGGAGAGAGCAUCCUCGGCGCAGCCCCCGAGCGAUGACGCCAUUCGUGUUGCGGUGUACAAGCGGGUUCUCUCCACACCGCGGGAGGAGCGGAGCAAGCUCACCACCAAGGCACUGCGUUUGGAGCUGGAGCAGCUCUUUGGUGAUCUGGAGGCACGCAAGGCGGUCAUCAAGGAGUCGGCGUCGGAGUGUGUCUCAGCGUUGGUUGCAGCAGAGGAGGCGGCAUCGGCAGUGGCGGCGGCAACUACUGUUUCUCUUUCUUCUGCCGCUACUGUUGGGACCACAGCGGCUGUUGUGGGUCGCAACAGUGGCGACCACACAGUGGAGCCUUCUCCCGCCCCGCAUCCACCCCAAGUGGUGGAUUCGUCCACGUUGGGUGACUCUCGCAGUCAGGCCCCACCGCCGCGGACACCAGAUGGGUCCAUCGCGCUGCAUGCAUCCGUGCCAACCUUUCCUGCCCACCCGUCCACAACAGUACCGGUCGUUUCCAUCCCGCCUCACCUACCAGCAGGGGAACCUGUUUUGUGA